UUGACAUUUUUAGUUUUUACUUUUAUGAUGCUAGUUGUUACUUGUUAGUGGAUUCAAUGUAAAUAUUAUAUUCUCAGUAGACGUCUUUGCACGGAUGAAGGCCACAUUUUAAACAAACAAAAAUAAUAUAUUCUCCUAAAUUCAUUAUCUUAAAUGUUCAUUAAAACUAUAAUAACCAUUAAGUUUUCACCGAUUAAAUUAAUGUGAAGUGAGGCCAAACUAGUUUUAUUAUGUAUGGUCAAAAAGAAAGAGAUUUAAAUCCACGAAAAUAUUUAAUUAAAGAUCUUAGAAACAAGCCAACUCCUUUUGAUGUAUGGAUACAGGGAACCAUAGAACAGACUGUAGAUAAGGAUAUUUUAAUAAUUUCUGAUUCACCAAAGAAUCGUGCUAAAGUUAAGAAUUGUAAAAAUGCCAUAGGAAGUUCGCAAAGAAACUUUAUUCGACAAGGGAUCUAUUGCUGUGUCAUAGGAACUGUUUUAAAGUCAAAUGCACUACCAGAAAUAAAUGCCGUCAAAUUGAUUGAUCUAAAUUGUCAACAACAAAUGAAGGAUGCUUGGGAAAAUGAAGUAAAGGAGGCAUCUCUGGUGUUACAGGGAAUUUAUGAACCAAAAAUCAAAUAAAACAAUUAAAAAAUAAA